GCUUGUUUUAUUUUUUCUCUUUUAGGUGGCAUUCUACUGACUACCAGCCGGCAGUAUAAGACAAAGCCCACUCAUGGGAUUGGAAGAUAUAAGCACCUAAUUAAAGAACCAGAGUCCAAGAAGAAGAAGGGAAAAGUGGAAGUGAGACCCAUUAAUUUGGGGACAGAUUCUGAAUAUGGGGUUUUAAACAUUCAUUUAACUGCAUACGACAUGGCCCUGGCAGAGAAUUAUGCCCAGUAUGUUCAUAACCUCUGCAACCAUCUCUUCAUCAAAGUCGAGGAAAGUUAUGCRAUGCCCACUAAAACCAUGGAGAUAUUGCAGGUGCAAGACCAAAGCAGCAAAAUGUUCCUGGACUCAGUCCUUACUGUCCAUGAGCGAGUGGUUCAGAUCAGCGGUUUGAGUGCUACAUUUGCAGAGAUUUUCUUGGAAAUACUCCAAAGCAAUCUUCCUGAAGGAGUCAGAUUGUCAGUAAGGGAGCACACUGAAGAAGACUUCAAGGGAAGGUUCAAAGCUCGGCCAGAACUGGAAGAACUGUUGGCCAAGUUGAACUAGUUAUUGCAACUGUUUCAUGCCCCAGCACUGGUGAUAUUGAGUGCCAAAGAGAAGAUUUUCCAGAUGGUCAGGGUUAAGCAGGAGACCCAGAUCCUUAGAUUUCAUAAGUACCCAUUCUCACAUGGAAGAGUUCUCUCCUCUGUAGCAUGGCUGCACUUGCUAGCUGUUACCACAUAUCUUUGUGAUAACACAGGGAAUCCUCUAAUAAAAACAUGCUACUGCUGUU